AUGGGAAAUAGUUCUAGACAUUAAAAUCAACAGGGAAACCAGUUUUCAUAAUAAACAAAGCAAUUCAAUAAUUAAGAAAGUGAAUUGAACAAAUAUUUAACUUAGAGUAUGUUUGUAUACAUAUUUAGGUUGUUCUACAUUUCCAUCAUCAAUACUCAAAAACCCUGUGUGCAAGGCAUAAAAAGUAAAUUGCCUCAGAUGCGAUCAUAUAUUAUUUGAUGAUGGAUUGGGAAGAACUAACAAAUGUGAAGAAUGUCAAAUUCCAUAUGUAAUUAAGGAUGGAGUGAUUACUCUCUUAAAUAGUAGCCAGGAUAUUCAAUGCUGCUCAUAUGGUUUCCCGUUGUAAUAGUUAGAUUCAGUUGUGCUGCGAGUGAAUCAGUAUUAUUUGUAAUGUCAAUUUUCUAGGAAUUGUAUUAAUCACAUUUCAUAUGGACAGUUAAUGACCCAAAUUAUAUUGCCUUUUUUUGAGAUGAGAGAACGAAUCAUAACCUCUGGGGCUUGCUUCAAUAUAGAUUAAUUUGAAUUUCGAGUGGUUGGAUGUAGCUNUGGAAGUUUAUUAACCUCAAGCAGUGAAAUACUAAAUAACAUAUAUGAGGUUGGAAUAAUUAUGUAAAUGUGGAUUUCGAUAAUUGAGUUUAUCAAUACCUUGUUUCUGUUGUAAGGAGGUGAUUAAACAAGGAUUACUCAUCAAAUAUUAUCAGAACUAUUGUGUGAAUUUGAUGAAUUUAAUAUAAAGAAUCAAAUUCAAUAGAUCUGA